AUGUUGGCUGAGAGACAGCUAGGGAUGCUCCCCAGCACUACAGAGUCUAACCCAAGGGAGCAUUGCAAGGCUAUCACCUUGCGAUCAGGUAAGCAGUUAUCUAGUUCUUUACCUGUUGCUGUGCAGGAUGAGCGUGUUAGGAAGGAGCCAGAGCCUGAGCAGAUAAAGUCUGUGAGAGUUAAGGAUAAAAAGAAGAGUCCUGUGAGAGAGUACCAACCACCUAUCCCAUACCCUACUCGACUGAAGCAGGAAAAGAUGCCGAAGUACGUGAAAUUCUUGAAGGAGAUAUUGAGCAACAAGAUAAAGCUGGAGGACUUGGGAUUGGUGACCCUGAACGAGGAGUGCUCCGCCAUUCUGCAAAACAAGCUGCCUGUUAAGAGGCAUGAUCUAGGGAGUUUCAUUGUACCUUGUAUUAUUGGUGAAUUACGUAUUGGUGGUGCUUUAACUGAAUUAGGAGCUAGUAUUAACUUGAUGUCCACUAGCUUUUUUGAUAGACUUGGUUUGAGUGAGCCUAAACCCACUAGGAUGAGCAUUCAGUUAGCAGAUAGGACUAUUAAGAUUCCUAGGGGUAUAGUUGAGGAUGUGCUUGUUAAGGUCGACAAGUUCAUAUGUCCUAUUUAUUUCAUUGUCAUGGAUAUGGAGGGUGAGAGUACUGUGCCACUGAUCUUAGGUAGACCUUUCCUUACUACAUCCAAGGCUGUUAUAGAAGUUUUUGAUGGGAAGCUCCAACUUAGGGUAAAUGAUGAAACUAUCACCUUUGACUUAACGACUUCCAUAGGACAUUCAUUAGACCAUGAUGAUACUGUAUUUUCUGUGGAUGUCUUGGAUGAUGUUGUUGAGUCUUAUAUGCAGGAGAUUUUGCUUGAUGAUCCUUUAUAG